AUGGGACGGCAAUCGCCACUGUCGGUUCAACUUCGUUAUUCCAGUCCACUUGUAAAGGUGACAGAAUUGAAUGUCACAUUCUUUCAGCAGUUAUUGCACGUGUUUGUUUUACGUGCACAUUUACUGAUACGCGGACUUCUUUUACUCCGAAGGAAGGAACUCUGCGCCGGUGAAAAGAGAAGAAGAGAGAAAGAGAAGAAGAGAGAGAAAGAGAAGAAGAGAGAGAAAGAGAAGAAGAGAGAGAAAGAGAAGAAGAGAGAGAAAGAGAAGAAGAGAGAGAAAGAGAAGAAGAGAGAGAAAGAGAAGAAGAGAGAGAAAGAGAAGAAGAGAGAAAGAGAAGAAGAGAGAGAAAGAGAAGAAGAGAGAGAAAGAGAAGAAGAGAGAGAAAGAGAAGAAGAGAGAAAGAAAGAGAAGAAAAGAGAGAAAGAGAGAGAAGAAGAGAGAGAAAGAGAAGAAGAGAGAGAAAGAGAAGAAGAGAGAGAAAGAGAAGAAGAGAGAGAAAGAGAAGAAGAGAGAGAAAGAGAAGAAAGAGAGAAAGAGAAGAAGAGAGAAAAAGAAGAGAGAAGAAGAGAGAAAGAGAAGAAGAGAGAAAGAGAAGAAGAGAGAAAGAGAAGAAGAGAGAAAGAGAAGAAGAGAGAAAGAGAAGAGAAGAAAAAGAAAAGAAAUUACAAAACUUCUGGCAGUCAAUCCAAGCGCCAGAGGAAGACGCUUACUAAAGCGGAGAAGGUGAAGCUCGUCGAUAUUCUUAAGGAAGUUGGCCGCCAUUAG